AAUCGUAUAAAAGGGCUGCAAAGCCUUCUGUGAAGUGUGUGCUGGUGAAGCUGAGGCUCCCUUUGGCACCCAGCGCUGUUUUACUCAUUCCUUAUCGAAUAAACAGCCUUGCUGCUAAGAAUCCUUGAUUACCAGCUUCGUUUAUAACAGCCCCGCUCCAGCAGAGCCCGCAGCAUCAAAAGGUAACGCUGACACAGAGAGCAAAAGGCAGCGAGCGGUUCCCCGGCAAUCGGCUGUGCCGACAUCACCUGGGGACCUUUCUAGCUGCGCUUUGCCCCUCAGGGCACAGGUGGGUGGAAGGUCCCAGCUCAGAGCACACCCGGCACUGCUCCCCCUCCAGCCCAGCCCACCAUGGUAUGGGGAAUAGCUGAAGCCCUUGGAGCUGCAAUUGGAGCAGGAGUGGUACUGGUUGCUGCCCCGGCGGUUGUUGCUGGGCUCGGGUUCACCGCAGGCGGCAUCGCCGCUGGAUCCAUCGCUGCCAAGAUGAUGUCGGCAGCUGCCAUCGCCAACGGAGGGGGAGUGGCCGCCGGCAGCACCGUGGCUGUGCUGCAGUCCAUCGGAGCUGCAGGUUUCUCUCUUGGUGCCGAAGUUGGGCUGGGGUCACUCGGGGCAGCAGCCGGUGCCCUGGUAGAGAAAAUCGCCAGUUGACAAACCCAAGGAGGGAGCAGCUCCAGAUGCGGAAUCCAAGAGAAGUGCUGAUCCUGAGGAGUUGCCAGGCAGCGUGGCACGUGAUGGGAAGUCCCCACAGACCCCACCCUCGCAAAAGCUUUGGAUUCCCCUGAGCAAUGAGUGCCCUGAAGCCAAUAAAGUUGCUUUGCCUGCAGCAGA